CCUCUUCCUCUUCCUGCUUUAGUUCCUGUCAGGACCGAAAGACUAGUGAGGAGAUGAAGGAUUGCAUCGUACUACACCAGAGAAUACAGAAAAGUUAAAUCCUGACCAUGACCCAAGGAAUAACUGCACAACUGUGGGAAGACAUCCAGUCCCUUCACAGCAUUGCUCAACACAGAGAAGGUCGGGCAGUGAAACCAUCAUCUGGAAAUCAGUUGGGUCAGGGGAGCUUUGAUAUAUCAUCAGAUCUGAAACUGGUCAGUGUUGUGGAACCUUCCAUCAGAACCAACCUUUCUGAAGGUUUGGCUGUGGGCGAUUGGUCAGGGUGAGGCUGGGAAGAAGUGUGAGUGGGCUCCAAGUGUGGUGAGAGUUUCAAUCAUUCAUCGAGUCUCAUGAACCACUGACUCAUUUUCAUAGGUGAGAAGCUGUUCAGUUGUGAGGUAUGUGAGGAUGGCUGCACAAACUCAUAAGAUCGCUUAACAGGCAAGGUGCAUCUGUUGUACAACUGUUAAUACAAGGAAAGCUAGAUGGAAGACAAACCAUUUAAGUGUGAGAUGUGCAAUAAAGCUUUUGUGACAUCUACAGUUCUCUUAAGACAUCAGAGGAAGCACACCGGGGAGAAACCCUUCAAAUGCGAGGUUUGUGAGUUGGCUUUCACCCAAUCCUGCCAGCUCCUGAGGCACAGGAAGAUUCACACAGGGGAAAAACCAUUCACGUGUGAUGUUUGUGACAAAUCAUUCUCGCAAUCAUGUAGCCUCCGCAGACACCAACGCAUUCACACAGGGGAGAAACCAUUCACUUGCGAGGUGUGCGACAAAUCAUUUUCCCAAUCAUCGACCCUCCGCAUACACCAACGCACACACACUGGGGAAAAACCGUUCAAGUGUGAGGUGUGUGACAAAGCCUUCACACAAUCUUCAAAACUCCUGCUCCAUCAGAGAGUCCACACAGGGGAGAAACCAUUCACGUGUGACGUGUGUGACCAGUCAUUCCCGUCAUCAUCGUCUCUCCACUCACAUCAACGCAUUCACACUGGAGAGAAACCGUUUGUCUGCGAGGUGUGCAACAAAUCAUUCUCGCAGUUGACGACACUCCGUGUCCACCAACGCACUCACACAGGGGAGAAACCUUUCAUGUGCGAGGUAUGUAACAAAUCAUUCUCAGGAUCAUCACACCUACGUGUGCAUGAACGCAUUCAUAGAGUGGAGAAACCAUUCAAGUGUGAGGUGUGUAACAAAUCAUUCUCACAGUCAUCAAAACUGCUGCUCCAUCAGAGGAUCCACAUAGGGGAUUAACCCAUCAAGAGUGAGGUUUGCAACAAAGCUUUCAUGAUGUCUUCAACCCUCCUGGGACACCAAUGGAUUCACACUUGUGAGAAAUCAUUCUGGUGUGAGGUGGGUGACAAGGUUUUCACACAGUCAGCAUAUCUCCUGGUCCAUUAACAUACUCACACAGGGGAGAAACUCUAUCGGUAUGAGUUCUGUAGUAAAGCUUUCACACAGUUGUCAGACCUCCUGGAACAUUAGUGAACGCACAUGGGGACUACCGAAACCAAGCUCUUGCCCAACUUUUCGUCAGCGUUUGAACCUCUAUGUAAGCUCACUGCAAAGGAUAUUCAGUGGUAUUAGGACACAGAACAAGAAGCAGCUUUCAUUCACAUCAAACAACUAGUGACGACAACGCCAGUGCUGAGGUACGAUGAUGUCAAUGAUGAAGUCACCCUGCAGUGAGAUGCCAGUGAAACAGGACUUGGAGCAACCCUCAUGCAACAAGGACAACCAGUUGUGUUUGUAUCCAGAUCAUUAACACAAACUGAAUGACGCUAUUCACAGAUUGAGAAAGAGAGCCUUUCUUUGCUUGUGAGCAUUUCAAUCAGUACCUGUUUGGGAGAGAGAAAGUGAUGGUAGAGCCUGACUCCAAGUCACUUCAAAGCAUCUUUUUCAAGCUACUCCCUGCUCCAGAGCGUUUACAAAGGAGGUUACUUCAUUUGCAGAGAUAUCAUUUGGAAGUGAAGUACGAGCAAUGGAAGCAGAUGAACAUCACCGACAUGCUGUCGAGAGCUGCACUCUCUUUGAAGGAAGUUGAUGAUGCUAGUACAGAGUGUGAAAUCUUCCAGAUUCAACAAGAAGACACACUCUGGAUGUUGUCAUUAAAUCAAUUCCUUCUGUGUCCCUGGGUGCUAAAUUUGCAGUCUAUAGGGAUUGUAACAUUGAAGUUACAUGAUGUUCUAAUGCUUGUUACAUUGGUUUCUACCUAGUGGCAAGGGUGGGACCUUCCUGAAGUGUUCUGAUAGAUCGCCAGAUCAGUUCAAGGGUCAGUGAGCAACAGUUCGGAGGCAGUUAGUUUCGGGGAGUCAACCUGCAAGUGUCACAGAGACAGGGGACAGGAACAGGUCUCAGUUAAGUUAAAAAGCAUGAAAAGGGCUGCAGAUCACAGACAUUAAGUGAAGUGGGCUUGAGAGAUGCCCAGAAGAAACAUGAAGCUCCAUGCAGCCAAAGUGCUGCUGUUAGCUCUGAGAAGCUGAGUCAGAGACUCAGUGAAGCCCUGGGAGCCAUUUGCAGCCCGUACAAUUGGGGUCAAGGCAAAGCCCUGAGGGCUAUUUGCUAGUUCGGUGCUAUUGAGGGAGAGUUUGGCCUUAGGAGAAGCCUUGGGAGCUAUUGAUAGCUUGGUGCAGCUGAGAGUUGGGACUCAAGAAAGUCCACGUGACUGGAUGUGUGGCAGGAGAAGAAAGGCUCCGGCAAAGGAAGGGCUGGCUGUUAGCAGACUUCAGGCAGUUAGGCCUCAGAGAAGUCUAGGGCAAGCUGAGGAGGUAGCAUAAGGUCACUGGCUCUGUGCUGAAAAGCGUUAGGACUCAGGAGAAGCCCUGGGAGCCAUAUAUACCUGGGUAUAGCCGGAAGACAAGGAGUUCGGAGAAACUCAGUGGCAGUGCCAGCUCAGUGACGCUGGCUGUCCAACAAAGGGCUGAACUUACACCAGUAAUUAGAGGCAGACUUGGGGGAAGUGAGAUUGAAACCCUGGUGGUGAGCAGUAAUUGAGGUAGUCCGAGUGGGAGCGACUUUUAGAGAGAAUUCCAAAGAGUGAUCUUCAAAGUUGGAGAUUGGAAACCCUCAAAAGAAAGACCAAAUUUCAGUGAGAUUGGUUCACUCACAGUGGGACUGGCAUCAGAGCGAGUUGUUGAGAAAUUCAUGAAAUCUGUUUUGGUUGCAUCUGUCAUUUACUCUGAAGUGUGGUGUGUCUGACCACAGUCUGUCUGUUAAUUUACACGUACCUCAAUGUUAGUGUAAGAUGGUUCUUGUAAACUGUUUGCUCUUCCUGAACAUAUUUAGUAAAGUUUGUUUUUUUUGUUUGUUCAAAA